AUGGGCAACAUCACAUGCCGCCGCCUCCCAAUCGAGCCCCAAUAUUCGCUCUCUGUGGUGCCCAAAUACCCCUGGUUCGUGGACAACUACGACCUAGCUCAGGAUCGCGAGGAACUGGCCCAUCUCCGCGACUACGGUGGAGGAUCUUUCUUGCGCAACAUCCACCAUAUGCACCAGCGGGAUGAGGAGUGCAGGAAGAUGAUCGCCGAGGCAGGCGGCACACUCGUCGGCUUCUCUGUCGACCCUCCUGUCGACCCCCCUAUCGGCUACCGUGCCGUCCGCCCAAACGACUGGACUUCCAUGACAAUAAACGUCAAGAUCGAGCUCCCGGGAGGCGAAGAUAGAUGGGGCUUCCUCUCGACCGGAGCAAACAACAUCCGCAUCUUCCGCAGCCCGGCGGAGACCUGCCAGGUGCACCCGUGGGACGCCAUGGUGCUGCGCGACUGCCAGCCCAACUCGGAUAUCUUCCGCCAAGACAAAUACAUCUAUAAGCGCAAGUGGGACAUCCUGGUGAUGAAGAUGUGCGAGGACUACAACUACCCUUGGAGUGUUGUCGCUGUCAGAGCCGCUUCUUGUGACGGGUAA